CACACAUAUCAUUCUCUCUCACAUAUCAUCGCCGACAUCAACUGAAACGGAGGAGACAUCGAAGCUUGCAUGCCAUCGGAAGGAGAGGAGACCGUCGCCGACAAUCAUUAUCAUUGCUGUUGAAAAAAAAAAUUAAUAUCAUCAACACCCACUUAUUCUAAAACGUUUUCAAAUUCAAUUUGCAGCAUCCCCGCUCAUGUUUUACCGGAACCCUAGCGCCGCCGGCCACUUCGAUCUUCAUCAUCGCCGACCAUCUCUAUCUUCACAGACGGAUACCCGAACGAAUUUGAAAUUUUGAAGAAACCGACGAACGACCUUCUUUCUGUUCAAAUUUUCAAAAACAAUGAAUGAACAAGAGAAGAUCACAGCCGUUGGUUCUUCUGGAGAUCAACAACCGCAGCCUACCACAGGAUGUCACAUGGAGUCUGCUGGACCAUAAUUGGCUCCGAGCCCUGCGAAUGGCUUCUUAUGGGUUCCUUCUGUAUGGGUCUGGUUCUUACGUCUGGUACCAGUAUCUUGAUCGUUGCAUGCCAAAACAGACAACACAGAACAUUAUAAUGAAGGUUGUAUUGAACCAAAUUAUACUUAGUCCAUCUGUUAUUGCUGUUGUUUUUGCAUGGAAUAAUCUGUGGCAAGGGAAGCUUUCAGAGCUUCCAAAUAAGUAUCAGAAACACGCUCUUCCUACAUUACUUUUUGGAUUUAGAUUCUGGAUUCCCGUCAACGUGAUUAAUUUCUGGUAUAUAUAUCUCUCUCUCCUCAUCCAUUUUGGUUUUGACUUUGCGUAGUUAAGUUAAUCUAUGCAAUGCACAAAUAUUACAGGGAUAACAAAAUCUGAAGAUGCAAUGGCGAUCGUUUUUGGUCUUUCUUUUACAAAAUAUUAAAUAGAAUACAAUUUUAGAAAGGCUAAAAUAACUUUAGUU